UAUCACGACAGCCUACCACAAUUUUCGUAGGCUCACCUCCCCUGGCACUCUCUUGAGCGCCACGUGAUUCCGUAUGUAUGCCGUAAUACGGCCGGCACUGCGGUCAGCGUCUCAAGCCAGACCUCCAGCAAGAUAUAUCCAAGGGCGCCGAUACCCUCAGUCAAUUCGAUUACGACUCUUCCAUUCCUCUCUCUACCUCGCAAACACCUCGAAUCCUCCACCGGGCCCUGAGAACCCCCCGGUCGACGAAAAUGACGCGGAUAAGAAGAGCCCGGAGAAGACGGCAAAGGCAGAGCAACCGGAGGCCGGAGUAGCAACGGAGGAUCCGGAGGUGCUGGCACAGAAGUUGCAGCGCUCAAGGGAAAUGACACGGCGAUAUUCCUCUGCGCUUAGACGGUCACAGCGGCGGAAUCGUGCCCAAGAUCUCCCGCCAGUUCACAUUCCCCAAUGGUUUUUGGAUUAUAGAGUUGCACUGCGCGAAGAAGCGGACUCGGCGCCAACCUAUGCCACAAGCAAAAAAAUCUGCUCUAUAUCGAUAAAGAACAAAGAUACGGGCGAGCUAGGCACAUGCUCACUACCUUUUUUUGGCGAUGGAAGAGACGUCCGGUGCGUGUUAGAGUUGGUCCGGGCCAUGCACGGAACGACUAUGAGCACCAACCACUUCAAUGAACUGCAGGAAGAGUUUAUUCGCAGGAUUGGUAUGACACCUACUCUUCUCUCUCCCAAAACCGAGGGUCCCAGGGAUUUAGCUCAGACGGAUAUUCGAUCAGUUGGAAAUAAGCAGGAUCGCGCAAGCCUGUUAACCUUAGACAAGGCAUCAGGGCCUAAGACGAGUUGGGAUGAGUGGAAGGCUUCAAGACCGAACCUCGAAAAGCUAGAAAGUUUGCCCGAAGACGGUCACCAGACCCAGGUUGGAGAAAUGGAAACAUUUGAGAAAUUUAUCUCGCCUUUGGUCCUCUUCGAGGCCCGCGCUACAGUUGCAGCAUGCCUUUCUGCUACACAGCCGGCAUUUAACGAUUCUUUCCCAUCUUCAAAAACCAAUAUAAUACUCCACGCCCCCUCAAGUCGGCACGGAAAGCUUCUGAAGGACUUGGUUCUAUCAGCAGCCGCUGAGUUGGAUGCAGAUGUUGUAUCACUUGAUGCUCAAGAUCUAGCACAACUCGCAGGAGACUAUCUUGGGGAAGGAUCGGAGCCUUCCCCGCACUCAGUACGUUCACUGGGCUACGAAACGUACAAAUCCACCUCGGAACUUGGGAGCGACCUUGAAGAGUUGGGAAGAGACGAUGGGGUUGAGGACGAAGCAGGAGAAGAGUCUCCUCGGCCUGAAUUUGCACGCCCAUUCGGCCUUCCAGGGCUAGGGUUCGGCCCUCAACCGAACGUUCCCGGGGGUGCGCGGGUAAACUUCAUCGGGGCAAUUCCUCUAGGGGUGUUUAGAGGCUUAAGAGAUCUUACACAAAGCAUAAAGAGCCUGCAGUCAAACUCUGGAGGAGAGGGGGAAGGAGAAAGUAAUACUGGUUCCACCCCAAACGGUCGGAUACAAUCGCAAAGCGAGAUCCAACUGGAAGAUCUAAAAUUGUUAACCCUGCUUGAAGUUUUAGUGGACUCCACUGAUCUCAAGCGAGCGCGAGUUCCAUUUCCCGCGCACACUCGCACCAAGGAGGCUGCUCGCGCGACUGCGGACGAAGCCGCUGAAGAGCCCAAGUUCUUUGACUUUUCCAUAAAUCCGAACGGUGAGCUCGAUUUCAGCUCCGUAUUACCCGAGUCGGCAAGACUAUCCAAUACAUUUACGAUACGGGUUGGCCCAUCACAACAACCCUCUUGGACUCCCCUAAGAGCGAAAAUUAUCUACAUCUCUGAUAUCAAAGAAUUGCAGGCUACAUAUUAUGGUAGUCGAAUCAUUCAGAAACUUGAGGACAUUGUUCGAAAGCAAAGGUCUGCGGGCGAAAACGUCAUGAUUAUUGGCACCACGUCGUCUUCCGAUCUGGUACCCGAAAUGUCCGCCAGUGGAGUGCAGAGUCUGCAAUCCGAAGGUGACGCUGGCUUGUACAGGACUAUCGUAGUGCCAUUCGUGUCAACAAAGAAGCCAUUAAGACAAGAGGAUUCCUUAGACGCGGAUAAAUCUUUAUCUGAAGCGAAGCCUCUUCAUCCCGAGGAAUUCACGUUUGACAUCAAGUCUGCUGCAAGAGCACGAGUUUUGAAGGAGGGCUCCUCUGAAACUCUCAGAUUUCAUCAAAUCAAUCUUCGACACAUUGAGGACAUGUUACGUUCCCUAGAUCCCAAGGCAUCUGAGAAAAUCACGGAUUUUAAAGCAGGUAGGGAGCAAGCUCGAAGAUUUGGUCCUAUCUACCCGGAAUCCUGUUCCUGGAAAGUUUUAUCAUAUGAUGAGGUCCACCGCAUCGCAGUAACUGCACUCGGACUCUUUCGCUUGGAUAGCGCUUCUCCAUCCUUGACCUGGGCUCAUGUUGCCUUGUCAAUGGGCCUGCUAGAGGCUAGUGAUGAGGUAAAAUUUGCCUAUGUCACGCUCAAAGCUGCCAAACAGCGGUCAAGGCUAGGAACCCAGCUUAGGAGAUCCGUAGAUAGACUAAGAGAAGAGAUGGGAGUUCCACCGAGACGACGGGUUUCGCAGUCUGAUUUUUUGGCACAAGAGGGACGACCCGGUCAGCCACAGCUAGAUCUGGAACGCAUCGCUUUGACUGCUACCAAGCAUGAGAAGAGACUGAUGCAUGGCAUUGUAAACCCAGACCAAAUCAAGACCACAUUCGACCAUGUACAUGUUCCGAAGGACACUGUUGAGGCUAUUAGAACACUGACAUCACUGUCUCUUCUUCGUCCGGAUGCGUUCAACUACGGGGUGCUUGCUACCGAUAAGAUUUCCGGCGUUCUCCUUUACGGGCCUCCAGGGACCGGAAAGACGUUGCUUGCAAAGGCAGUAGCGAAAGAAAGCGGAUCAUCGGUUCUAGAGGUGUCAGGGAGCGAGAUCAACGACAAGUAUGUCGGGGAAGGAGAGAAGAACGUCCGAGCUAUCUUCACCUUGGCGCAAAAGCUGUCGCCGUGUAUUGUUUUCUUAGAUGAGGCGGACGCUAUUUUCGGGGCUCGUGAUGGGUCACGGCAGCGCGUCUCUCAUCGGGAUAUUUUGAACCAAUUCCUAAAAGAGUGGGAUGGUCUGAACGAUGCUUCGGUUUUCGUUAUGGUCGCGUCUAAUCGGCCGUUUGAUCUGGAUGAUGCGGUGAUACGACGCCUGCCGAGGCGUUUACUGGUUGAUUUGCCCACUCAAGAGGAUCGACAGAAGAUUUUGCAGAUCCAUCUUAGGGGCGAGCAAUUGCAUGAAUCUGUGGACCUAGUGGAUCUUGCCAAGCGCACGCCGCUGUAUAGUGGGAGCGACUUGAAAAACGUUGCGGUUUCAGCGGCAUUGGCGUGUGUGAGGGAGGAGAAUGAACAGGCGGCAGUUGCGGCGGCGAAAGCAGCUGUUGAGGCGGGGCGGUCUGACUCUAGUACGGAAUCCUCCAGGCCGGACUCUUCACCCACAGUCUCAGAGUCGCAGUCCCACACCCAAUAUCCACCAUCUCUUGUCUUCGGUCGCAAAUACGAAUUUCCAGAAAAGCGCAUACUCCAUAGCCGACAUUUCGACAAAGCGUUGCAAGAGAUAAGUGCCAGUAUCUCAGAAGAUAUGUCUUCGUUGAACGCGAUCAAGAAGUUCGAUGAACAAUAUGGGGAUCGCAAGGGUAGGAGAAAGAAAAACGCCUACGGGUUUGGAGUUGGCUCGGAUAAGAAUGAGGCUGCUGCUAGGGUGCGACAUUGAGGAAACCCGAGGGUCGAGAGUGUUAACGGUCACGAGCUGUCAAUCGAGGGCAAGUAUUGCGC